UGGCAGAUAGAAAGGGGCUUGUGUCGUUGGGUAUGAAGGAGCCAGCGACCUCAUGAAACUGAAACGAGUCAUGAAAUCGGCGACCUCGUCGUCCCUACUCUUUCUUCUGCCACGUGGCUUCUCUUCUUGCUCUUGUCACAAGUUUGUUAUAAUGGCCAAGAGCAAGAACAAGUCUCAGCAGCCACCUUCGGGCUCUGAGCCAAGUCCUCCUCCGAGGAUUACAUCAAACGUUAGGCAGAACUUGCAGCUUUUGAAGUUAUGGAAGGAGUUCCAAAAGAGAAAGACUAGCGCACCGAAGCAUUCUACUAGUUACCGGAGAAAGAAGGUGAUCAAGGGAGAUGUUCCCGAAGAUCCAGAACUCUAUCGCGAUCCCACCACGACUCUCUACUAUACGAACCAGGGUUUUGAGAAUGCAGUGCCUGUCUUGCUUGUUGAUGGGUACAAUGUAUGUGGGUAUUGGGCAAAGCUGAAGAAACAUUUUGUGAAUGGGAGACUUGAUAUCGCGCGCCAGAAGCUGAUUGAUGAGCUUGUAACUUUUAGCAUGCUUAGAGAAGUGAAGGUGGUAGCUGUAUUUGAUGCCAUGAUGUCUGGACUACCCACGCACAAGGAAGAUUUUGCUGGCGUUGAUGUCGUUUUCUCAGGUGAAACUUGUGCUGAUGCGUGGAUUGAAAAAGAGGUUGCAGCUUUAAGGGAGGAUGGAUGUCCUAAAGUUUGGGUUGUGACUUCUGAUCAUGUUCAGCAGCACGCAGCACAUGGAGCAGGAGCCUUCAUUUGGAGCAGCAAGGCAUUGAUUUCUGAGAUUAAAGCAUCACAGAAGGAGGUUGAGAGGAUGCUUGAAGAACACAGGUCUACUUCUUUUCAAGGGAAGUUAUUAAAGCACAAUCUUGACUCAGAAGUUGUAGACGCUCUCAAGGAUCUUAGAACGAAGUUAUCUGAAACUGAACCAAAGUAGUAGAUUGAAUUUCAGGCUACAAUGAUCUCAGACGGAGUUAUAUGCCGCUUAUUCUGUACAUAUCGUAUAGGAUAUUGAUGUACCAGUGUCCUUAAGCAGCAAGUUGUACAAGUUAGAGUUUCUAUGUCAAAUGAGGAUGUGUUUUAGGGUUCUGCCCACGGAUGGGUUCCGUAUAUGUCCCUGCUGGUUUUCAAUUACUGCAAUCAGCAAUGUAAUAUAAGACAUUGACAUUCACGAUGGGUUAUUGUGCACUAGUCCCCAUUCUGUGUUUUCUCUUCUAUUAAUAAAAUGAGAGGUAAUUGUUCA